CGGCGGCGCACCGGGGUCCAGCGCUCUGGGCUGCGCUGCAUCGGAGUCCCGCGAUCGGCCGCCCUUCUCCGCAUGGAUCCCGCGGAGCGCGCGCAGGCGGCACGGGCUCGGGUGCCCAGGAUCGAUCCGUAUGGAUUUGAAAGGCCCGAAGACUUUGAUUAUGUGGCUUAUGAAGAAUUUUUUUCCACGUACCUGGUGAUACUCACCAAGAGGGCGAUCAAAUGGUCCAAACUUCUAAAGGGAAGCGGCGGGGUCCGAAAAAGCCUGACAGUGAAGCGCUAUGUCCGGAAGGGAAUCCCACUGGAGCACCGGGCCCGUGUCUGGAUGGCUGUGAGUGGAGCCCAGGCCCAGAUGGACCAGAACCCUGGAUACUACCACCGACUGCUGGAGGGAGAGGGCAGCCCCAGCCUGGAGGAAGCCAUCCGGACAGACCUGAACCGGACAUUCCCUGACAACGUGAGGUUCCGGAAGACGGCGGAGCCUUGUCUACAGAAGACCUUGUACAACGUGCUGCUGGCGUAUGGGCUACACAACCAAGGUGUGGGGUACUGCCAGGGAAUGAAUUUCAUAGCAGGAUAUCUGAUCCUUAUCACCAAGAACGAAGAGGAAUCUUUCUGGCUCCUGGACGCUCUUGUUGGAAGAAUACUACCUGAUUACUACAGCCCAGCAAUGCUGGGGCUGAAGACUGAUCAGGAGGUCCUGGCAGAGCUGGUGAGGAUGAAGCUGCCAGCAGUGGCAGCCCUGAUGGACGCCCAUGGUGUGCUGUGGACCCUGCUGGUAUCCCGCUGGUUCAUCUGCCUGUUUGUGGACAUCCUGCCGGUGGAGACGGUACUACGGAUCUGGGACUGCUUGUUCAACGAAGGCUCCAAGAUCAUCUUCCGGGUUGCUCUGACCUUAAUUAAGCAACAUCAGGAAUUUAUAUUGGAAGCCAGCAGUGUUCCAGACAUCUGUGACAAGUUCAAGCAGAUCACCAAAGGGGACUUUGUGACUGAGUGUCACACGUUCAUGCAGAAAAUCUUUUCAGAGCCAGGCAGCUUGUCCAUGACGACCAUCAGCAGACUGCGUGAGAGCUGCCGGGCUGUGCUGCUGACCCAGGGCUGAGGCCCAAGCCCAUUUCGCUGCUGCAACUCUACCGCCACAGCAGACACUUUACCGAUUCCGACCGCGCAGUUCCUCUGUAAAUACUUGAAGUCUUGACACUAGUAAUGUGAACUUUUAAAAGAAAAUGAUUUAAAAUGUGCUCUACACAUUUUGCCUGUCUUUGGAGUCUAAGUUAGAAUUAUCUGGCCCAGUGAGAUGGCUCAGCAAUCGCCUACCAGGCCGUACCCGGGUCCUGGCACCGUAUGUUGUUUUUUGAGACAUAGGCACACAUUGGAAAUAUCUAUUUCCCCUGAGAUGUCGGGAACGUGAGACAGGAAGCACACAUUUUGUUGAGUAGAGGUCAGCGGUGAGUUUCCUAGUGUCAUUCAACCUGAAGUUAGUGACUGUCACGUGUGGCCCACCCCCACCUUCCCAGGAUACUUUCGUGCUGUGCCUACACAGACAGGCCCUAUGAGGGAUAGAUGGAGCAGAGCAGCCCACCUGCUAAACAUGGUUAUACUUGCUUUUUAGAAAUGGACCUUAUAGCUAGGUUGGUGAAGUCCCUGUCCUCCAUUCAGACCUUCUAAAACAUCCACCCUAAUGUCCCACAGCCACAGCACAGCCUGGCAGACUGACGAAAUCUCCUCUGGGACAGGCUGUUCAUGAAGCUAGAUCAUCAGGUCUUGACCAAUGGCAGCUGCCAUUAGUUGCAAAUAAGCACUGAGCCCAUUGUCUUGAAGCCAGUAUGACAGCUGAAAGGGACCCCCCUCACACCAAAUCAUUUAUCAAAGCUGCCCAGUAGUCUUACCUGGAUGGCCCCAAAUCCUCUAAAGCGUGAUGUACUAACUCUGUCUGGGAGUGGGCAGACCCACAGCUGUACCUAACACUACUGUAGAGAUAUUUCACAAGGCAGUAUGCACGCCCCGCCCCCAAGAUAUAGCUGGGAGGGAAGCGUGCUGGGGCCCCAGGGAGCAGCUAGAGUCACCUGGGGGAGAACUCAUGUGCUCAGUCUGAGUGGUAGAGAGCCUACCCCAGUCAAGGAACAGAACUCUCUUCAGCUCAGUCCCUUUCUAACAGCUGACUUCAAGCUGCUCCUGUUCUGUUCAGACCAGAAAGGUAAAACCUGCACCCACCCUGCCAGCGACCCCAACAGAGUAUCUCCAGAGGUACAGAUUCCCUCUCCACAAAGGCAGGAGUCUAGGACCCCUUCGGUGACCGGACAGGAGGUUCGAGUUCCAGGGCCAGCAAGCAAACCUUGGAAGUGCUUGCCAGUGUGGAGUCUGCAUUGCUUGCUGUUGGCUUCUAAAGUCAGAGACACAUGAUGCUUCUAUGGCAGGGCUCCUGUUCUAACUUCUGCACCCAGAGGGAGAUGGCCCACAAGAUGGGGUAGGGCACUUUAGGAUGGUGACCUCUCACAUCAAUGAAUACAGCUGCUGUGGUCAUUGGAGAGGUUUCCUAAGUCCUUACAAAUCUCACCUGUGAGCAGAAGACACUGCAGAAGGCUGCAGCUGCUUAGUCUGGCAUGGCUUGGUCUGUGCCAGACAGCCUGUGCCUGAGAGGACAGAAAGGAGGGUGGACAGAUCAGACCUUCAAGGAAACGGCACUGGCCUCUUCAGCUCAGCCCAGGUCUGAUGUGUAUGUAGUUCUUGUGACACAGGUGUGGCUCAUCUGGAGACUAAUUAUACAGCCACAUCAUCAUUAAUUAAGACUCAUCUAAAAGCAGACAUGGCAGCACAUGCUUCUCAUCUCAGGAACUUAAAGCACCCUUUAACAGAACCAUUGAACAGAAAGUUCAAGGCCAUCAACUAUAUGAAAUUCUGCCUCAAAACAGUAACAAACCACCUAGCAUCUAGAACCAUGACCAGUAACAUUUCCUUUAACAAAACAAUAACCACCAUUUAGUUUUCUCCUGGUUGCUAAGCACAAGGCUGGCUAUCCCAACACUGUCCCAAACCUAAGCACAUGAGCAACACAAUUUCACC